AUGGCUGAUGCGUUCGCCGGAGCUAAAAUUUCAGGCACGCUUCCAUCAUCAUAUAUGAGACUGUUUUCUCCACUCAGUUGGCCAUGCACAUAUCAACCAAUUUCCCUUUCAUUCCCCAGCAACAAGCGUCCAAUCUUACGUCACCCAUCCAUCACUAAGUCCGUCGCAUUUUAUGACAAGUUUGUAGCUGUGGAAACUGAUGAGUGCAGUCAAAGCUCGGGAGAAUUGGUGAGAAGAAUCCAAGAGACACUGAGAAACACGACAGAUCCAACGCAAGCCUUGAAGAUGAUAGACACAAUCCAACAUUUAGGAAUUUCGCACCAUUUCGAAGAAGACAUCGACGCAAUACUGAGAGGUUUGUGUGGUUGGGACGCUGGUGACAAUCUCUUUGCCACUGCUCUUCACUUCCGCCUUCUCAGACACCAUGCCUCCGUACCUUGUUCAUCAGAUGUUUUUAAGAAAUUUACAGAUGCGAGGGGGAGAUUCAAAGAAUCAAUUGGCAGGGAGACGUGGGAUUUGUUAAGCUUGUACGAGGCUUCAUACUUAGGAGCAGAGGGUGAGGAUAUAUUAACGGAAGCCAUGGACUUUACAAAGCUCCAUCUUGGCCGAUCCUUACCACACCUAAGCCCUGAAGAAGGACGCCACGUUGAGAGAGCCUUGAGGCAUCCGAGGCACCUCAGAAUGGCCAGGCUGGAAGCCAGAGACUACAUCCAUGAAUACGAACAAUGUAGCGACCACACGCCAGCUCUGUUGACAUUGGCCAAGUUAGACUUCGACAUGGUUCAAUCGCUGCACCAAAAAGAGUUAACAGAGAUAUGCAGGUGGUGGAAAGAACUGGGGCUUGCUGAUAAACUUGGUUUUGCGAGAGACAGACCCUCAGAGUGCUUCCUGUGGACAGUGGGGACAUUUCCAGAGCCAUGCUAUUCUAAAUGCCGAAUUCAACUCAGCAAAACCAUCUGCAUAUUACUGGUUAUGGAUGAUAUCUUUGACUCUUAUGGCUCCUUGGAUGAACUUGUUCUUUUCACUGAAGCCAUCAGAAGGUGGGAUCUGGACGCGAUGGAAGGGCUGCCCGAGUAUAUGAAGAUAUGCUAUAUGGCAUUGUACAACACAACCAACGAAAUGGCCUACAGAGUUCAGAGAGACCAUGGCCUGACCGUCGUUGCACACCUGAAAAGAACUUGGAUAGACAUAAUUGAAGCAUUCUUAGAGGAAGCCAAGUGGUUCAGCAGGGGACACAUACCAAGUUUUGAAGAAUAUUUGGAGAAUGGUGUCACUUCUGCAGGAUCAUACAUGGCAAUGGUUCACGCAUUCUUCCUAAUAGGAGAUGAUCUCUCAAAGCAAAACAUUUCCACGAUGAUGAACCCGUAUCCAAGGCUCUUCACUGUGUCUGGCCAGAUUCUUCGCCUUUGGGAUGACUUGGGAACUUCAACGGAGGAACAAGAAAGAGGAGACAAUGCAUGCAGUAUCCAAUGCUACAUGAGAGAUAAUCCUCACUUAGAGGAAGACAAAGCGAGAAAAUACGUAAGAGAGCGAAUAGGGAAGCUGUGGUGGGAACUAAACAGCAUAGCUAUGGCAUCAAAGUCGCUGCCAUGGUCAACUGUGAAGGCUUCGCUUAACGUAGCAAGAUCUGCGCAGGUCAUUUAUGAGCAUGGAGACGACAGAAACGCGUAUAGCGUAGAUGAUUAUGUACAAGCAUUACUCUUCCGAUCUUUUUCAAACCACUAAU